UUCUGGAGAAGAUGCAUCCCCCCCAGCACAUGUUGGUGCUGUCGCGCAGGUGAGAAAGAGAAUGGCUCCUGGCGAGAACCAGAGCAGCGGUGUGACCGAGUUCAUCUUGGCAGGCUUCCCAAAUCUCAACAACACAAAAGCAGAAGUGUUCUCUGUCUUCCUUCUUGUCUACCUGCUGACUCUAACAGGCAACGUGCUGAUUGUUGGGGUGGUGGGAGCGGAUGCUCGCCUGCAGACCCCCAUGUACUUCUUCCUGGGCAACCUGUCCUGCCUCGAGAUCUUGCUCACUUCCGUCAUCAUUCCCAAGAUGCUGAGCAAUUUCCUUUCCAGGCAACACACCAUCUCCUUUGCUGCAUGCAUUACUCAAUUCUAUUUCUACUUCUUUCUUGGGGCCUCUGAGUUCCUGCUGUUGGCCGUCAUGUCUGUGGAUCGCUACCUGGCCAUCUGUCACCCUCUGCACUAUCCCUUGCUCAUGAAUGGUGCUGUGUGCUCUCGGGUGGCCUUGGCCUGCUGGAUGGGGGGACUUGUCCCUGUGCUUGGCCCCACGGUGGCUGUGGCCUUACUUCCCUUCUGUGAACAGCACACUGUGGUGCAGCAUUUCUUCUGUGACAGUGGCCCUCUGCUCCGCCUGGCAUGCACCAACACCAAGAAGCUGGAGGAAACAGACUUCGUGCUGGCCUCUCUGGUCAUCAUAUCCUCGCUGAUGAUUACUGCUGUGUCCUAUGGCCACAUAGCUCUGGCUGUCCUGCGCAUUCCCUCUGUUUCCGGCCGUCAGAAGGCCUUCUCUACCUGUACCUCUCACUUGAUGGUGGUGACCCUCUUCUAUGGAAGUGCCAUUUUUCUCUAUGUGCGACCAUCACAGAGUGGCUCUGUGAAUACCAACUGGGCAGUGACAGUGGUAACAACGUUUGUGACACCGCUGCUGAAUCCAUUCAUCUAUGCCUUACGCAAUGAGCGAGUCAAGGAAGCUUUGAAGGAUAUGUUCAGGAAGAUGGGAGUAGGCUUUUGGGGGAAUCUUCUACUCACUAAGAAUUUCAGUAAGAAGACAGUGAAGUGAAAGUGAAGGGAGUGUAAUAACCAGUUGUGAGUCCAAGUCUUCUCUGUUUUCACUCUCUUUCCUAUGGUUGUCAUGGACAUCACCAAAUGACCAAAUUCUGGAACCAUGAAAGAACCCCAAAGUCAUCAAGCCUGCCCUUCUUUUUCAAGCAAAAUUCCUUGAUUCUAUCUUAUAAAUAAAUCCAUUUAUUAUUGAUAUACAUAAUCAAUUACAUCAUAAAACCCUCCAACCUGUGAGAUCUUAACCUAAGGGUCCAUGGUUACCAGGGAAUCUAAGG